AGGCACAUGCGCACUACGUAUCUACAUUUGCGUGUUCCUGACGUUGUGGAGUUGAUAAUCAGGAAGGAUCUGUUUGGAAUUACUGUCCGGUUUUGACUGGAUACUCAGGUGUAGGUGUGUCUGUGUGAUCGCGUCCAUCACCUUGCAAAGAUGGAUUUCCAGCAUCGAGCCGGAGGGAAGACAGGGAGCGGUGGAGUGGCAUCUGCCUCUGAAAGUAACCGAGACAGGCGAGAACGGUUACGUCAGCUGGCCCUGGAGACCAUUGACAUCAACAAAGACCCCUAUUUUAUGAAGAAUCACUUAGGAUCAUACGAGUGCAAACUUUGUCUGACACUUCACAACAAUGAGGGCAGCUACCUGGCUCACACACAAGGAAAGAAACAUCAGACCAACUUAGCACGGAGAGCAGCUAAAGAGGCAAAAGAAGCUCCUGCUCAACCAGCACCAGCAAAAGUUAAAGUUGAAGUCAAGAAGUUUGUCAAAAUUGGUCGACCAGGAUACAAAGUAACCAAACAGAGAGAUCCAGAGACUGGACAGCAGUCUUUACUUUUCCAGAUCGACUAUCCAGAGGUUGCUGAAGGAAUUGGACCCAGACACCGUUUCAUGUCUGCUUAUGAACAGCGCAUCGAGCCCCCUGAUCGUCGUUGGCAGUACCUGCUGUUGGCCGCUGAACCAUACGAGACUAUAGCCUUCAAAGUCCCCAGUAGAGAAAUUGACAAAGCAGAAAACCGUUUCUGGACCCACUGGAACAGAGAAACUAAACAGUUCUUCCUACAGUUCCACUUCAAAAUGGAAAAAGCCGUUCCCCAGUCCAGUGGUCCACCGCCUCCUGCCAGUGUGAAGCGCCCCCCUCCUCUGAUGAGUGGUGUUGGACCUCGCCCACCAAAUGACAGUCUGCCUCCUCCCCCACCCGGAGGGAUGCCUGUCCCUCCCCUCCCACCUGGCGCACCAGGUGCCCCCAGAUGCCCCCUCAGAUGCCCAUGCCUCCCAUGCCAAUGAGGCCGCCCCCUCCAGAGGGCCUUGCAAUGUCUAAUAAUUGAUCCCCUGCUAGGAUUUUAGGAUCACGCUCUGUCAUUUUGUGCAGUCACACUGCCCUGCUUGUCAGCCACAGUGUCAAGGUCCCUUUGGAUAUUGCAGGUGUAUUCAGUUCAGUUAUUUUUACAAAUGUUUUAAGUCCACAUUUAAUAGAUUUUUACACAUCUGUUUGGUUUAUGUAAAUGUGCAGGGCAGUGUGUUAUUGCAUGAGUAUAAAUCUGACCACACUCUUUUGUAUUACAGUCUAGGUUCUGGAUAUGGAGCUAUGGUUGGUAGCUCUUCCUUUAAGAUGUUGUUUUUGUAAUUAAAUACUGUGAGAAACAGGAAA